AUGUCUGGGUAUCGAGAUACUAUCUCAAGACUUCCGUAUCAAUUGUUUGGAUCAAUUGUCUCAUGGACAUGUGGUUCAUUGAGUAUAACGUUAUCUGUGAAAUUCUCUGAGAAUAGAGCUGUUUUAAUCAUCGUUGCUUGCUCAACACUGCUGUAUGGGUUUUUAAAUCUAUCUCAUAUGAUAUUUAGAAAUGGUAAUAUGAAUGGUUUCCAUCAUUAUUAUAAAGUGGUUUGUUUGUUACUUCAAGCUCUGACUUUUGGUUCUGCAGUGCAAUACUACAAGGGCAGUUUGGUUGACAGUAACAUUACAAAUAUUCAUAAACAUAUUAUCGUUGCAUUUAACUCGACAUUGUUGCUAUCACUGUUUGUUAACGGCUGGAGUAUGGGUAUCAAUGUCUCUAAUGAUUAUAAAGAAGAGGCUUCAAUAGACACUUCGAUCGAUGUGAAAAUUCCAAUUGAUUCGAAUGAAACUUACAAAAGUUCGGAAAAGAAAACAGUUCCUGUUAAACAUUCUUCCCAAACUUUAACACCAGAUAUGGAUAUAUACAAUGGUCAUUUCCAAAAUUAUUCUAAUGAAAUUCAUGAGGACUGGGUUAAUCAAGAACCAAAUGAUGUUACGGUAUCUGGUGCAGUCACAUUCCCAUCAGUAAUACGUCAUAGAAUUGAUUCAUUCCAAGCUUCUAAUAAUGCACAUCAUCAACAACAUAUGGAAGAAAAAACAAAGAAGAAAAUUAAAUUUAAAAUAUUCAAUAGCAAAUCAGAUAAAUUGACACCUGUGAUAUCAAGCUUUAAAGCCAAAAAAUUCUCUUUUGAAAAGAGUAAAAGAUCACAAAUUCAUAAAACAAAUAAUGAAAAUUUGAAGAAGUUUAAUAGUAAAUACAUUACUAGACUAUCGAUCAUAUCAGAUUUCCAGAAAAGCAUUACCAAUAAUAAUGAAGAAUCAACGGGUCAACUUCAGGAUGAGAUCUUCGAUCACCUUCAAAACGAAAGAUCAUUAUCAAUGGCAUUGGAAUCUCUUCACCAAAUAAAGGAUAAUAAUGAGGUAACUGAUCAAAAACACGUCAAGCCAUCUUCAUCAAGAUUAGAAAUCGAAAAAAAUGCAAUUGAACGUAUUAACAGUGCGCUACUACCUCCAAUCUUAAGUCCUUCCGAAACUCCAAAAAUUUUGCAGCCUGCAUUUCAGUUGAGUGAAGGUGAUAAUAUCCCUUUAGCUGAUAUUUCACCAAUAAGACAUGAUCAAAUGGAACCACUCACUAGGAUAAACACUGAUUUAAUGGAAGCUCAUGAUUUAGAAAGCAUUCCGCAAAUACCAACAGUUGAGGAAAAUACACCCGAAGAAUAUUUAAAUAACGAUAACCUUCCUCAAACUGUGACAUUGGAUGUCUGGAACAAUACCAAAGAGGAUAUACUUAAAAGAGGUGAAAAAAUACAAUCAGCAAUUACUGAAAAGCAGAAUUCUCUAGAACAGAGUAAUCUAGAAUACUUGGGGAAUACUUUGGCUUCACCGUUGGAAUCUAGUUCUGAUUUCAGUUUCCCGUUCAAUGAGAAGAAGCUCCAUCUAGAAAGUAAACCACGAUUGAUCAGGGAACCUUCUGAUGAUAUUAGUCUUUUGGAAGAGUAUUUUAAUGAUGUUAGUUUAAGGGAAGAUAACAUUGAAGAUCAAUUGUUUGAAAAUGGAUUCAACCAAAGUCAUUCAAAUUCAAUGAUUAUACAUGACAGGGCAUCUAAGGAACUAUCGAGAAUCGACAGCAGACAUUCACCAACCAAAUCAAUAGUUUCUAUCAUUAGUGCAACAAAUAGUCAUAACCGUCAUAAAUCACCUCAUAAUUUUACCAACAUAUUGGCAAAUGCGACCCAUAUGAGAGCUAAUUCCCAUCUAUCAAAUUUCAAUACAUCUUUUGAUAACUCGAGCUGUGUAAACUCACCACCUUCCUCUCCAACAAGAUCAAUUAAAUUGAAAAAUCUAGGAAAGAGAUUAUCAACAUCUAAUAUAUCCGAUACAUUUAUACCUACAUUCAAUACAGAACUGCAUAGCAACCAAUAUUCGGAUUCAUUUUUCAGCUUAAAUCAUUCUAAGAGAAGAGGUAAAAGUAUUGACUUCAGUUAUGUUCACAAUCUGCAAAACAAGAGCUCUCCGCCAAAAUCUAACAUUAUCCGUACCAGCUCAUUAAAUGGGUCACCAAAACAACAGAAACGCAGUAAAAGUUUUGUAAUGGAUAAAGCAUUAAAGGGAACCAACUCAUUGUUUACAUUACAACCGAACUCGACAAGGGACUUUACCUUUACCUCCACAAUAAUGGAACAAACAUCAACUGCACCAGUAUCACCAAGAGCAAGCUCUAGUGGUUCCAGUCUGCUGUCGCUAGGGUCUGAGACAGAAUAUCCAGAGGCAAUUGUGAGUGAAUACGAUCACGAAAGAUGGAAUACUCUGUUAUCAUUACAGAUGGCGACAAAUCAAUAA